AUGCCGCUCCGCACGCUGCUCCGGCACCUCUCGGCCGGCCAGUUCGCGCGCCUGCAGGCACUCACGGGCGCGGCCACGGCGCCGGCCGCGCACCGCGUCCUCCACCUCCUCCUCCGCACCGCGCCGGCCCCUCCCCUCCCCCACCUCGUCUCCCUCGCGCGCUGGUCCCGCUCCCACUUCCGCGCGCCUCUCCCGCUCCGGUUCCACGCGCUGCUGCUGGCCCGCCUCGCCUCCCACGGCCUCCACCCGCUGCUCUGCUCCGAGCUCCACGCCCUCGCCGCCGCCCGCCUCCACUCCCCGGCCUCCAUCCUCCGCGCCCUCCCCGCGUCUUCCCCCGCCACCGCGCCGCUCAUCGCCGACAUGCUCGUCCUCGCGCUCGCCAGGGCCUCCCAGCCCUUGGCGGCGUACGAGGCCUUCCACCUCCUCGGCAACAACCACCCGCGCCACCGCCCCUCCGCUUUCUCGGUGAACAGCCUGCUCUCCGCCCUUUUCGCCGCGGGUCGGGUCGACCUCGCCGAGCGGGCUUUCAAGGCGGCGCUCCGGCGACGCGUGUCCCCGGACCUUUUGACAUUUAACAUCGUCAUCUCCGGGCUCUGCAAGGCUGGGCAACUUCGCAAGGCCGGCGAUGUCGCCAAGGACAUCAGGGCGUGGGGGUUGACCCCCUCUGUGGCCACCUUCAAUGCUCUCAUCGACGGCUACUGCAAGAAGGGUCGUGUCGGGAGGAUGUACCACGUCGAUGCGCUUUUGAAGGAGAUGGUCGAGGCUGGAAUCUCGCCCAAUGUUGUUACAUUCAAUGUGCUGGUUACUGGGUACUGCCAGGACUCGAACACUGCUGCUGCGGUGAGAGUCUUUGAGGAGAUGAAGCAGCAGGGGAUUGCGCCCAGCAUGGGGACAUACAAUGCACUUGUUUGGGGUCUCUGCAGUGAGGGCAAGGUAGAGGAAGGGGUGAAGCUGGUGGAUGAGAUGCAGGAUCUGGGGCUGGCGCCUAAUGUAGUCACCCUGAAUAGUGUGCUGAAUGGGUUUUGCAAAAAGGGCAUAAUGGUAGAUGCUGAGAAUUGGGUUGAUGGUAUGGCACAGAGGAAUGUUGAACCUAACGUGGUUACUUACAAUACCUUGAUUGAUGGAUAUCGCCGGCUCGGCAAAAUGAAGGAUGCGGCGGCGGUGAAGGAGGCGAUGGCAGGGAAGGGGAUUAGUCCAAAUGUCAGAACAUACAAUUGCCUGAUAGCUGGGUUUGACCAGAGCGGGGAUUGGAGGAGUGUUUCUGGUCUUCUCGAUGAGAUGAAGGAGAAAGGUGUUAGAGCUGAUAUUGUCACUUACAAUACACUUAUUGGUGCCCUGUGCUGCAAAGGGGAAGUACGUAGAGCUGUAAAGCUCUUGGAUGAAAUGUUGAUGGUUGACUUGGAACCAGAGCAUCGGACUUACAACAACAUAAUAAAUGGGUACUGUGAGAAGGGGAACAUUAAGUCUGCCUAUGAAAUUAGGACCAGGAUGGAGAAAGGUAGGAAACGGGCAAAUGUGGUCACAUACAAUGUGUUCAUCAAGCACCUUUGCAGAAUGGGGAAGAUGGAGGAGGCUAAUGAGCUCCUGAAUGAGAUGUUGGAGAAAGGUCUCGUUCCAAAUAAGGUUACCUAUGAAAUAAUCAAGGAGGGGAUGAUGGAGAAAGGUUACGUUCCUGAUGUAAGAGGAUUCGCUUGCUCAGAAGCCUCUCAAAAUCUGACAUCCUGAAACGCUUGGUACCUGCUGUACAGCCUUCAGCUUAUGUGUCCGCACAACUAUUCUCAAGUGACAAAUCAUGCAAUAAACCUCCUCUGCUCUUGUGAUCUGAAUGUACAAAAGCUCAGUACGUACAGUGAAGUUGGACCCUUCACUGCUGUUUGUUUACUACCGGUUUUGCAAACUGGGGUGGGCAAGGAUUCUGAUCGGAUUUCGGAGAGUGCUGGAUGGGCAGUUGCCAUUGUCAGCAACAACUACAAUAACAACAGCAAUAAAAAGGAAAGAGAAAGUAUAACUAAACAGAAAAUAGGCUUAUCUGCCAUCUGUUGGGAGGACAAGAAACAAUAUGGUUUCAGACAGGGCUGCACGCAGGGUUGAAAUACAGGCGGAUAGUUUCCACAUGGUCUGGAGCCAAAUCGGGGCAAAUUGAAAUUCUGAAAGAAAAUUUACUGUUUGGUCGGAGUUAAAUCCAGAUUCAAGUAGCUAUCUGCUGGAUACGGAUAUUUCCUGGAUUUGGCCGGCAGUUUCCUGAAUUUGAAAUCCAAAGUGGCGCCUCGCCAUGAUCCACCUCCAGCAGCCUAGUGUGAAGUCGUUCUAGCGUGCCACUGCAGCUUCCUUCCGUGCUUCAACCAGGCGGACUAUGCACCGUCCAGCCAGUGGAUGCCUGUAUCGACGACCUCUUUGCGCUUAUUGCACUCGUGGAGCAGAUUGGUAGAUUGAGUGGCUCGUCGUGUCACUGCUGGUUUUAUUAGGGAGUAUGUUGCUGCAACAAUCGUGUAAUUCUUGUCAGUAAUGCUUCUCACCGUUUUCCUCCUGCUCGAGGGUUUGAAUUGGAUGGCUCAAGAAGCACUGCAGGAACAUGUGUAUUUAAUAAAGUACGAUGAUUGUUCAAGCAACAAGGAAUUACACAGGAAUAUGCAACCAUACUGCACAUCUGCUCUACUCAGGACCGUUGAUGGUCUCAGAUUGGAUGGUUUGACUGUUUCAGGUACUAGACAUUUUGAUCUUCUGUCUUGUCUUGCCAAUCUCAAGCUUCUCUUUGGAGAGUCGAAGCUGCACCUCUGCCAUUAUUUCUUGCGACGAUGCUCGUGAUGCUUGUAUGUCAUGGUAUAAUUGAAGAUCAUCAUGUGUAAGUGUUACAAAAUAGUCGUCACCUUUGACUUUUUCUUUCUUUUUUCCUUUCGCCAGUUUGGUUCCAUCGGGCGAGUUUCUUUUUCCAUCUGAGUUUGUAUAUUAGCAUUACCUUUGCCUUUUUCGUCAUCGGAGUGUCUAUUCCACUUUUGGUGGACUCAACCUUCUCCCACUAGUACAAUAGUGUAAAGUUUUGUCCUAUCUCCUUGUACAUGGCUAAGGCUUUCUGGACAAGCUGCAAGUCACAUUGAACUCUCGCAUAGACAUCUUUUAGCCUGCAAUAAACUCCAUAAAAAGCAACAAUUUUCCUAUUAGUUUUACCCAAAUGGUCCUUGCAGUAUUUGUUGUUUCUCCUUUGGUGGAUGAAUUGUUUUUGUUGUAGUCAUCCGUUACAUUCUUCUAGCACAUCUCUCCCUUUGCGCUAUUUCCAUCAAUGGAGUCUAUGGAGUUAUUCAACCAAGCACUUAUCUACAAUAUAAAGAAACUGAACUUCUUAAAUAUGGAAAUAAUUGAGUUAUUCUACCAAGCGUUAAUGUGCGUGAAAAUUGAUUAUAUUUCUACAAGUUUGUUAAAAACAUAUGUGUACAAGUUACUGGAAGGAGAGAAGUUACAUGUCUACUAUUACCUGAAUGAAAAUAAAACAAAAUGUUCUAAAUAUUGAAUUGAUGGAAUUACUUAAUCAAGUGCCAAUGAGUGAUAGCAUUCAUUGUAUUUCUACUUGUUCCUAAAAUAAUAAUGUGGAAUAGAUGGAUUUUUUCUAAUGAAGCUCUGAUAUUAAUAAAAUUUUAUUACCAAUGGCUUUGUGAUAAACAAAAAUUUAUUUCCACAUGUUUAAAAAACUAUAACAAUAAAAGUACUUGAUGGCUACUCACCAGUCUAAUGUUGUUCUUCCCGGUCGCAGCUAGAGGUUAGUAUCGGCUAUCUUCUUCAUUGUGGUCGUCGUCUUGGCCAUUGGUAGCAUUGUGUUGCAUACUUGGAGAAUAACCAUAGUCGGAAUAUCCACUAGAAUCAAAUUGUUUGGACAUAUGUGGUUACGAAGACAAAUUUAUUGGAUAAUUAGGAGGUGGAUACAUCUCUGGAUUUUCAUACUGGGAGUUAGCGGAAGCGAACCAGUCGUUCUGGAAGGGAUUCAUUGGAAAAGGUGAUGUGUAUAAACAAUAACUUGUGUGGAUAUGAGUAGAAUUGUGUUGUGUAUGAGUAGACAAUUUUGGAACGUGCAUACCACCGGAACUAGUUGAGUAGAGCUGGUCUAGUUCACAACACAAUCCUCUCAUAUCUCACACAAAUUUUUGUUCAUACACAUCACAGUUUUCAAUGAAUCCCUUCCAGAACGACUGGUUCGCUUUUGCUAGCUCCCAAUAUGAAAAUCCAUAGAUGUAUCCACCUCCUAAUUAUCCAAUAAAUUUGUCUUCCCAAUCAUAUAUGUCCCAACAAUUUGAUUCUAGUGGAUAUUGCGACUAUGGUUCUGCUCCGAGUAUGCAACACAAUGGUACCAAUGACCAAGAUGACGACGACAAUGAAGAAGAUAGCCGAGGUCAGUGUCUAGCAUCGAUCGAGGAGGACAACACUAAACCGGUGAGUAGAUAUCAAGUAUUUUUAUUGCUAUAGUUUUUUAAACAUGUGGGAAUAAAUUUUUAUUUAUCAUAAAGCCAUUGGUAAUAAAAUCUUAUUAAUAUUAGUGCUUCAUUAGAAAAAUUC